AUGAGAACUACGAAACAAGAUGUGUUAAGCCCGACGGAAACAAGCAGUCAGUGGAAGUUUGCCGAGGAAGAACGCUUGAUGCAGGACAAGUAUAAUACCGAAGAAGAAGAAGCCAAAAUGUCUAUGGAGCCGGAGUCGCACAAAGACAAGGGAUUUAACGAAAUGACAGGAAAUCCGGACCCGCGAGAAGAUGUUCUGCAGAAAUAUCACGAUGUGCUCAUCCGCAAAAACAGAAACGGAUGGAACGCGAUGGAAAAGCCGAGUAUCCAGGACCGAAAGGGUUUAGGAGGGCUUAUCAAAAGGAACAGCGUACCCACCAGAGUCGGUAACCGCAAGAGUUUCAAAUGGAAGCAGGCAAUUUUUGACAUCAUGGUAAACCUGGGAAUUGCUUUGGGCUUUAUCUAUUGGCAUGCAAUGAAGGAUUUAGACAAAUUCAGAAAGUUACUUGGAGGACACUGUUUGACUGUAAACAACGAGAUUGGGCAAUACAUUGGAGUCAAAACAACAGAGUAUGAGGAAGAAUCCAUCCGGGACCACGAACUAGAGAUCUGGGAGGAAGCCAAGAUUUUUAGCAUUCCUGGAUACCAUGAAGAAUUUCACAAGGGAAAUGAAGGACAAUCAGUAUCGAAGAAACAGUACAGUUUACUUAUUGGAAAAAUUGUAUUUUUGGUAAGCAAAUGGAUCACGGACUGCAUGACUGCACUCCGCGAACUCUCCACGUUUCUGGACACAGUAAAGUGGAAAAUGAAAUCAUCGAACAGGGAGGAUGUCAAGUUUGGCAGUCAAGUGGGACAUGUCCGGUAG